AGCAGCAGAUGGAUGCUCUGUCUUUCCGACACAACAAACCAUGACAGGAGAACAGAAGAAGGAAUUCAAGAAACAGAGGUGGGCAGAGCAGAUGAGACCCGAGAUAGAGGGGAAGGGAGUGGCUAGAGAGCAUGAGGAUCCUUUGGGAUCAAGGCGUCGACUCUGUGAUGGGAAGCCUGCAGUGAGAGAGUAAGGCUCUGGGUGAGAUACAGAUUCUGUUUUGAGCUGAGCAGACGUGGGGCUGGCGAGGCGCAAGAGAACCCUCAUCAACUCAAAGCUGCCUUUGCUGAGUUAGGCUGCUAGUGAUCCGUGAAGAUUUUGGCCAGCCAUUAAUUCAGCUCCCUGGCGAUCCUUGCAGCCGCUGCAGGAUUCAGUUCAAUGGCUGAAAACGAAGACGCCCUACUCAGGCAUUUAUUCCAAGGAUACCAGAAAUGGGUUCGCCCAGUACUGCAUUCCAACGACACCAUAAAAGUACAUUUCGGCUUGAAAAUAUCCCAGCUGGUGGACGUGGAUGAAAAGAAUCAACUGAUGACAACGAACGUGUGGCUCAAACAGGAAUGGACAGACCACAAGUUACGCUGGAAUCCUGAAGAAUAUGGUGGAAUCCACUCCAUUAAAGUUCCAUCAGAAUCUCUCUGGCUUCCUGACAUAGUUCUCUUUGAAAACGCUGAUGGGCGUUUUGAAGGCUCCCUCAUGACCAAGGUCAUCGUGAACGCUAACGGGACUGUCGUGUGGACUCCGCCCGCCAGCUACAAAAGUUCCUGCACCAUGGAUGUCACCUUUUUCCCCUUUGACCGGCAGAACUGCUCCAUGAAGUUCGGGUCCUGGACCUACGACGGCACCAUGGUGGACCUCAUUCUGAUCGAUGAACAGGUGGACAGGAAGGACUUCUUUGAUAACGGAGAAUGGGAGAUACUGAACGCCAAGGGCAUGAAGGGAAACAGAAGGGCCGGUCUGUAUUCCUACCCCUUCAUCACCUACUCCUUUGUCCUGAGACGCCUGCCCUUGUUUUAUACCCUCUUUCUGAUAAUCCCCUGCCUCGGACUGUCCUUCCUAACGGUCCUUGUCUUCUAUUUGCCUUCUGAUGAAGGGGAGAAACUCUCUCUGUCCACAUCGGUUUUGGUCUCCCUGACGGUCUUCCUUUUAGUCAUUGAGGAAAUCAUCCCGUCUUCAUCGAAGGUCAUCCCCCUCAUUGGCGAGUACCUGCUUUUCAUUAUGAUUUUUGUGACCCUGUCCAUUAUCGUGACUGUUUUUGUGAUCAAUGUCCACCACCGAUCCUCGUCCACCUACCACCCGAUGGCGCCCUGGGUGAAGAGCUUAUUUCUGCAAAAGCUUCCUAAGUUGCUUUGCAUGCAGAACCAGGUGGACCGCUACUCCUUCCCAGCCAAAGAGGAGAGCAAGCCCGUAGUGAGAGGGAGAGUCCUACACAAAAAGAAGCAGAAGGAGAUCAGCGAUGGAGAGAAAGUUCUGGUUGCGUUCUUGGAAAAGACCGCGGAUUCCAUCAGGUACAUUUCAAGGCAUGUGAAGAAGGAACAUUUCAUUAGCCAGGUGGUACAAGACUGGAAAUUCGUGGCUCAAGUUCUUGACAGAAUCUUCCUGUGGCUCUUCCUGAUAGUGUCCAUCACUGGCUCUGUGCUGAUUUUUACCCCUGCUUUGAAGAUGUGGCUGCACAGUUACCCUUAGGAGCAAGUCUGCAGCACAGUUUAAAAGAUGGAGCUCAGAGACAAAACUACAGCCUAGAACUGACGUCUAGCUAGCAUGCCCGAGUAGACUGAAUCCAAACGCACUUGCUUAUUCCAAGAGCCAUGAGUGUGAGUCUUGGUGGAAACUGAUUGGCGCUUGAUGGGAGGAGGCUUGGUUCAGGGGGGUUUGCUUAAGUCGGCUCCUGCAUGCUGUUACACUAAGUUGCUUUUUUUUUUUUUUU